AAAUAAUGGCACCGAUCGUGAAGAUUCGAGUGAUCGGUGGCGCGUGGAACCACAAGGCCGCACGCGUUGCGACGAGCGUGCCUCCCGUGUACUUCGACACCUAUUAAGCUGUGCUGCUGCGUAGAGGCGCCAUCGAUACAGCUUUACCCACGUCAGUUCCGUCCUCCAGCGGCCGCGUUCGCCACAUUCUCGUCAGCGGUUCGCUCAAGAAGAGCUCGCAGCGAUAGAGUGGCGCGGAAGGAGUCGUGGGAAGCGGCUAUCGUCUUUCCACGGCGCCAGCUGUCCAGGCUCUGCGCACCGACUUAGUACAAAGACAAUGUGGGUCGGCUUGGCGUUACCUUUCGCUGCGUGCUGUCUGGUGGUCGGCAGAGCUCAAGAAACGCAAAAUGUCAUCCACACAACAUCUGGAGAUGCCAGGGGAAUCAUUAGUUCUACGACGACUGGUCGAGUACGAGCCUUCCUGGGAAUACCUUUCGCCGAGCCACCAGUCGGAGAACACCGCUUCAAGAAGCCGACGCCUAAAAAGCCCUGGCAAGGUGUACUGAACGCUACCUCGCUGCCCCCCAUGUGUCCGCAGAUUCCUGCUCGCAUCAACAGCUACUUCGCAGUAACAGCGGCGGAUCCUGUUUCCGAGGACUGCCUCUUUCUCAACGUCUUCGCACCCCUCACAAAUGGGUCUGCUCUUAGGCCCGUCGUCGUGUACAUUCACGGCGGAGCAUUCACGGUCGGAGGAAUCGCCAUGAAGAUCUUCGACGCGUCCGAACUCGCUGUGCGAGGAGACCUCGUCGCCGUCACGGUCGCCUACAGACUGGGACCCUUCGGAUUUCUAAAUUUGGGCACUGAAGACGCGCCGGGCAACAUGGGCCUCUACGACCAGCAACUUGCGCUGCGAUGGGUCAAGGACAACGCCCGUUCCUUCGGCGGUGAUCCGGACGCGAUAACCGCAAUGGGCCAGAGCGCAGGAGCCAUCUCAGUCGGCAUCCACCUCUUGUCGCCCAGUAGCGCGGGUCUCUUCCAGCGUGCCUUCAUGCAAAGUGGCAGCCCAUUCAUCAGGGCUUUCGUGAGCAGCCCAUCGCAGGCGGGAACCAGAGCGCUCUUGCUCACAGACUACCUCGACUGCAAAGAUCGAGACGCGCGUGCGCUCUCCGCGACGGAGGUCGUCGCCUGCUUGCGAUCCAAGGACGUCGGUGAUAUAUUGAGAGCCGCGGAAAGUUUCAAUGUAGGUGGACUGGACGGAUUCUUUCCUAUAAUGGGUGGGGAAUUCGUGCCGGGAACGCCCGGCAAAGCGCUCAAUCAGGCCCCGCCCAACGCGCGCGAUGUCCUGGUGAGCGUUUGCGCUUCGGAAGGGGACUUCUUUAUCGAGCAUCUGCUCACGAACGUCAACAAUAUCGACAGAGUUGACGUCGUUUCGAAACGCAACAUGGAAGUUUUAAUGAAGCUACUGCUAGGUGCGAUUGCGAGCUUCGACACCGAACCUAUCUUCGAGCGCUACUUCGGCCCGGUGACUGCAAAGAAAGGAGUCGAAGUGGUUCGCGCUGCUUCGGAUCUCUUCGGUGACAUUUUGUUCGGUUGCCCCGCGCUCAGCAUGGCCCGCGCACUCUCAGCUGUCAAUGCGUCGGUGCACGUUCUCCGUUACUCUGAGCAGCUGUCCUUCCUCGACUGGCCCGCGUGGAUUCGUCCGACGCACAGCGACGACAUUGUGUUCAGCCUGGGCUCUGCUCUCAGCCUGGGCGGCCGUCCUUCGGAGGCAGAUGUCAAGGCAACCGAAAACAUGAUAAACGUCGUCUCGACGUUCAGUCGCACCGGGGUCCCAGAGGUAACAGGUGACACUAAAUGGCCAACAUUUGAUGAAAUGGGGCAGUACCUGCACAUACGGAACGGAAGUACUAUCCAGGAAAAGCACUUCCUUGAAUCCACGUGUGACUUUUGGCAGAACCUACUACCUGAUCAAUAAAAAAAAUGUCUGUGUG